AUGAGCAAACAUAGCGUACUGCCCACCAACCACCAAGGGCAAUGUCAGGGCUGCCAGUCCCAUCCUCGAGAUCCAACCCUCUCCGGGCACGACGCGGAAGCUUUCAUCAAUAAAGCUUGUGCCAUCCUUCGUUCGAUAUACGGUCUUACACCCGACAACCACCCUGAUCCUCGGCUAUGUUCCGAUCCUCCACCCGUACCCCUAGGCCGUACUCAAGGACUGUAUUUUCCCGAACCGCUUGCAACUCGACAACCCACAGUAUCAUGGUAUAUUGCAAACCUUUCCUACUACGCCCGUGCCUCGGCAGGUGUCUUUUAUACGGCACUUGAGUACCUUGAACGUGCCAAACCUCGGUUCCGUCCAGUUCCUGGCGAUCCGCGAACCGCCUUUGUGGGUGCACUGAUACUUGCACACCGGUUUUUGGAAGAUGGAUCGUAUCGCACCGAAACAUGGGCCCGCCUCACCGGCAGUUCCUCACGAAUGAUCUCUGCAUGUAUUGAAGCCAUGUUUGACGCCCUCGAGCACAGGCUUUGGAUCGGGCCUCUUCCCGAACCGAAUGAUAAUAGGAUGUUCUCGAUGCGCGAAGGGACAAUAUUUAGUGAAGAAAUGCUGGGUGGACAGAGGCGUUGUUCGCUGCCUAGUUUAUCGGUACUGUACGGGGCAAGGUCCGUAUCUACUACCGCGCGCAGUAGCUCGCGUAGCUUUCGCGCCUUUGGUGACCCACAGAGUAUUCCAAGCGCAGCGGAAUCCACUCAGCCGAUUGCUGGACCAUCGAACGCAAGUUCGGUCCCAGUAACAAAGCCCGUUCAAGGCCUACCUUCUCCCCCUGCUUCCCCAUCAUCUUCAUCAAACACACCCCCGCCUCGCGUCGCUCACACUUCUCAAAAAGUACCCUACCUUUCCCGGCGUUCUAGUUAUAUGCACACUAGUCUGUCUCUGCCGCCUCCAGAAAAAGGACUUUUCAAUUUUUCCCAAUGGCAAGCCGCGGACCAGUUCGGAGCGGCACCAUCAAGUACAGGUCCAAGCUAUACUGCACCUCUACCACCUGCACCUCUUCCCCCUACCCAACGCCCACACCCUCAUCUACCCCCACCCCUGGUGUUUAUGAAGCCUGCUUCCAUAGCCAUGCGAGCACAUGAAUCACCCGUAUUCAGUGUUGCUCAAUGGUGCGCACCUAUUCCCGAACUCGCCGAAGAUUCUACCAGUGAAAUGGAAGUAGAGCACGAAGUCAAAACAACCCCACCUCGUACGCCCUGCGAUUCUACUUCGGGUAGCGAUCCGGACGCAUUCAAUCCAAGCAUGUGGGCUGCCCAAGCCUCACUCUUCCCUCCGUCCACAGCUGUUCUGCCCCAAAUGUCCCUCGCUACCCCAGCGCCGACGGUAAAAGUUGAAUCUCCGGAGAAGAAGAUGCGCUAUCCAAGUGCCACACUCGUACCCCCUUCGAGUUGUUUAGAUCCAGCAUGGAACGGUCGACGCCAUUCUAUUGCUGUGACCGGUACGAGGUAUUGA